AUGGACAUAGCCGUCCUGCCAAACAACAAUCAUCCAGAGAAAUUCCUGCAGCUGGAUGUGGGAAUGCUGCCGGCUACUCAUGGAAUGUUCCAGAUCGGUGCUGCGUUGUCUAGACAAAGACAGUGGCAGAACAAGAUGUACUCGCAGGGAAGGGAGAGAGAAACUGAAGGAAAGCCAUCAGCAGACAGUCAUGUGUUUGAAGACAGAGAGCUGGAGAAACACAUCACUCCUCAAACCCUGAAACCAAAGAUCAAGCAGAACCCUCUCUUUUCUCACAUCAACCUCAUCGAUCUAGAGGAGAACAAAUCCAAGCCAUCUUGGACCAUCCAGGACUAUGACAGACAUACGGCACACGGUCAGCUGGCUGACUACAUGAAGGAAGACCCAAGAGAGCUGAGCUUCUGGCUGGAAGAUCUCUACACCCCUGGCUAUGAUUCACUGCUCAAGAAGAAAUCAGCUGAAAUGAAGAGAAACAAAAUUUGUAAAACACUUGCAGUCAUCAUUCUGUUAGUUUGUGUGGUUGUGAUUAUUAUUACAGUGCCAAUAGUGGUAACACAAUCACGAGACUGAUGGAGCUAAAACUGCUUCUAUUACAACAACAAUCUGAAGCACUUCACAUCAUUUGUCCUAUCAAUAUGAUGACUGGUAUGUUGUUUAAAUUGCAUUUCAUCUGUUGUUAAAUCAAUUUAAACCACAAGGCUUGUGGUGCACUAAUACCUAAGGGAUAUCCGCAUUGUUCUGUUUCUUUAUUACAAACAUACCUUAGGUUUGGUUUAGUUUUUUUUUUUUACACAGCCAGCUGGAUUAACAACCAGGGUCAUGAUGAUAAAUGCAUUAGAAAAUGCAUUUAUUUAAAUGUAAUUUAAUUUAAAAUUGGUUUACUUUCUGGAAUCUCUGCACAUUGGCCCAUAUCAAGACAAUGCACUGUUAUUAAGAGAAGUGGAGUGUGUACAUUUAAAAUUAUUCUGACAUGAGGGGAAUGAGAAUUUAUACGUCAGUUUUUUUGACGAUAAAGAUUUCCACUCCUCUGGAAGUCUCCUCAAUUCUCCUUGGAAAAAGCUGACAAGUUAUUUGUGAUUUGUGACAGUUUUUCACAUUAGUAGGCCCAAACAUAGAAAUGUGUUGGUUAAACUACAACCAACACAUUUCUAUGUUUGAGCCUACUAAUGUGAAAAACUGUUUUAUCCUUAAAGAUAUUUUUUUUUAUUGCUGAAAUAAACCCAAAAGUCAUCUCUUGA